UUAGAAUACCGAUCUUUCGGCCAACUCCACGAUUUUGACAAUUAAAUUUCUAAUUUUCACGUGUAUUUUAUACACGUUUUUGUUAUUUAGUUAAAUUAUAAAUAAUUUAUAUCACUUUAAGCGUUUAGCUAGUUAUAAUUCAGUUGAGAAAAUCCAAAGUUUUAAGUCCUUUUACUUCUUUUAUAAUUUUAUUCUUCGUUUAAAAACUUGACAUUAUGGCUGAUAUUGAAGACACCCACUUUGAUACCGGAGACUCUGGUGCAUCCACUACUUAUCCUAUGCAAUGUUCUGCCUUGAGGAAAAACGGUUUUGUCAUGCUUAAGGCCCGUCCCUGUAAAAUUGUUGAUAUGUCUACAUCGAAAACUGGAAAACACGGUCACGCUAAGGUCCAUCUCGUCGGUUUGGAUAUUUUCUCUGGAAAAAAGUACGAAGAUAUCUGUCCUUCUACUCACAAUAUGGAUGUCCCACAUGUAAAACGUGAAGAUUAUCAGUUGACCUGUAUCUCUGACGAUGGAUAUUUGAGCUUGAUGUCUGAUAACGGAGAAUUGCGUGAAGAUUUGAAAGUUCCGGAUGGCGAAUUGGGUGCUCAGUUGAAAUCGGAAUACGACGGAGGAAAGGAAUUGUUGUGCACUGUUUUGAAAUCAUGUGGAGAAGAAUGCGUAAUCGCUAUUAAAACCAAUACCGCAUUGGAUAAAUAAAUCAAUCUGUGAAUAGGGGUUUGAAAUGUAGCUGUCCCACAUUUAUAGGCCGAAUCUUAAGCUCCAAACGUGUCAAAGAAUUUCGUUCGAAAUCAUGCUUGCUGUAUGUACGUUUCAUUCCCCUGCAAUCGAUGUUAAUGUUAAUUCUGUCGUUUAAUAACGUUUCGAGAAGUUAUAAUUAAAUUUUUAAUUUUUUUUUUACGUUAAUGUGGUUUUUCUAUACUAUUUUUAAAUUUAAUUUAUACAUUUGAUAUCGUCUAAUCGCUGGGAGUAUGAAGUACACGAUAUUCACAUUAAUUUACCCAAGUUGCGUUACGCGUGUCUCUAAAUGUAUCUUUGAAUGUAAUUCUCAAUUCAUCGUUUAUGUUCUGAACAUGGUUAAAAAAUUAAUACAAAAUGAACAUGUCUUCGUCGUAUACAAUUUAAGUAGUUUUUUCGAUGUAACUAAAAUUCUUUUUUGGUUGAUAUUUAUUUUUAUACGUAUUUGUAUUCGUUUCAGAUAAAAAAUAAAAAAAAUACUUGUUAAGCAUAUUUAAAUUACAAUAUCUUUGUUACGAAGCUUAAAAAAAUACAGGAUAUCGCAAAUA